GUGGCCUGAAAACAUUCCGAGAGCUUCUUCACACUCGCCCAGGAGACACCGAACAGCGUUAUUAUCCAACAUGUUUCGUUGUGGGAUCGAGUAUCCGAGGUGCAGGUGGAUCCUGCCUCUGCUUCUGCUGUUUGCGAUUAUUUUCGAUAUUAUCGCCAUCGCAGCGCAGUCUGGAUGGGUGGAGGACGAGGGCGCAAAGACGCACUACGCCAGCAUGUGGACACAGUGCCGAGGCCGCAACGAUCAGUGGGACUAUAAAUCUCUCAUGGAGCAUCCAUGGGCCCAGGCAGUCGCCGCUCUGAUGAUCAUAGGCCUCAUCAUCCUCAUCAUCGCCUUCAUCGCCUCAUUUGUGGCUCUCUGCUGUAGCCUCAACAUCACUCUGCUGCCUUUAAUCGGAGGCCUCCUUAUUUUGGCUGUAAUCGUCCAGAUAAUCGCUCUGAUCAUCUACCCUGUCAAGUUCAACGAGCUGAUCUAUGAAGGUUAUUACGACUACACCUGGGCAUACGGCUUCGGCUGGGGGGCCACCAUCCUGAUGCUGGGCUGCGGGAUCCUCUUCUGCUGUCUUCCUCGCUACGAAUAUGAGCUUUCUGGCAUGGCCAAGCCCAAAUACAUCUACACCUCUGCCUGAAACCCCCAAAAACUCCACCUCUCAUAAAGGACAAUGUUUAGCCACCCAAGCCUAAAUGUCAAUGCUCACCGAUCUCCAAAAGCAUCGUCAUCUUCCUAAAUGAAACAUAGGACCAUACUGACUUUGAUGAGGGCUGUCAGUGCAGCCAAACUGGGCGAUGCCCUUUUGGGGCUAAUGCUAUUAACGUUCAUUUUAAUUCAUUUUAAAAUUUUUAUUAAUCAUUCACAAACUGGCUGGCUUUGAUGUGUGUGUGUGUGUGUGUGUGUGUGUGUGUUUAUGUCACUCAGCACAGAUUGAACUCCACAAAGCAUUAUUCAAAAU